AUGAUAAGAUCUGCCAAAGAAAAUAUACACAAAGAAGAGACUGUUACACAAAGUAAAAGCUAUGAAUUUUUGGAAAAAGGUGAUGCACAAAUAUCAUUAGAUACUAAUACAAGGAUAAAAUCUAAUGAAAAUAUACAUAGUGAAGAGGUUGCACAAAGCAAAGGCUGUGAAUCUUUGGGAAAAAGUGAAAUAACAUUAGAUAUUGAUACGAAGAUAAGGUCCAUUAAUGAAAAUACAUACAAAAAGAUUGCUGUACAAAGCAAAGGCUGUGAAUCUUUGGGAAGAAAUGACACUGAAAUAGUACACAAUAAAGAGACUGCUGCACAAAGAAAAUGCUCUGAAUCUUUGAGAAACAAUGACGCUCAAAUAAUAUUAGAUAUUAAUAGAAGAUUAAAAUCUGUUGAUGAAAAUAUACACGGCAACAAGAUUGCUGUACAAAGUGAAGGCUGUGAAUCUUUGAGAAGAAAUGACACUGAUAUAGCACACAACGAAAAAACUGCUGCACAAAGGAAAUGCUCUGAAUCUUUAAGAAAUGAUGACGCUCAAAUAAUAUUAGGUAUUAAUACAAGAUUAAAAUCUAUUGAUGAAAAUAUACACAACAACGAGAUUGCUGUAGAAAGUAAAGGCUGUGAAUCUUUGGGAAGAAGUGACACUGAUAUAGCACACAGCGAAGAGACUGCUGCACAAAGAAAAUGCUCUGAAUCUUUAAGAAAUGAUGACGCUCAUAUAAUAUUAGGUAUUAAUACAAGAUUAAAAUCUAUUGAUGAAAAUAUACACAACAACGAGAUUGCUGUAGAAAGUAAAGGCUGUGAAUCUUUGGGAAGAAGUGACACUGAUAUAGCACACAGCGAAGAGACUGCUGCACAAAGAAAAUGCUCUGAAUCUUUAAGAAAUGAUGACGCUCAUAUAAUAUUAGGUAUUAAUACAAGAUUAAAAUCUAUUGAUAAAAAUAUACACAGCAAAGAGAUUGUUGUACAAAGCGAAGACUGUGAAUCUUUACGAAACGACAAUGCUGAAAUAGCAUUAGAUGUUAACGAUGAUAAUAGCAGUGAAUCGAAAUAUUUGCCAUCUGAAGAUGAACUACGUUCAUUGGAAUAUAACGAACAGACACAGCAGAAAAAAAAAUUAGAAAUAUUAAAUACAACUGUGUCCUCAGCAUCAAGUGUAGAUGUUUCGUCUGAAUCAUCAAGUUUACGCGGCACGAUUUUACGGAAACACGUAGCAACUCAUUGUAUACAAUUGAAUCUGAAUGAUAUCGAUGUUUCCGAUUUAGCUACAUUCAUGGGACACGCAGAAAAAAUUCAUCGAGAGCAUUAUAGACAAUCUCUAGCUAGUAGAGAUAUUCUUAAAAUCUCGCAAUAUUUAGAGGCAGUCCAAGGUAAUGAACAAGAUUUAAACGAAUCUUCAUCAGAUAGCGAAUACGAAGAUGGAGAAGAUGAGAAUAAUAACGACAUAAUAAUGGACAAACAGAAUGUUUCUUUAACUACACAUGAUCUUGAAAAAGAAACAUAA